AUGUCAGACAGUCUGAGCACGCGAGUCACAUUUGCUGUGACAGCCUGGAUGCUCUCCGUGGUUUCCAGUUCUUCCUCUCCAGCAAAUACUUUGCCAGAUAUCAAAAACGAAGAUUUUAUCAAAGACUGUGUUCAAAUGCACAACAAGUUCCGAUCAUCAGUGACUCCAGCAGCCAGUAAUAUGCUGUACAUGACAUGGGACCCACUACUGGCUCAGAUUGCAAAAGCAUGGGCAAGCCAUUGUGAGUUUGCACACAACAAACGGUUGAAACCACCCUACAAGCUGCACCCAAAUUUCACUUCACUGGGAGAAAACCUCUGGACUGGGUCUCUAUCCAUUUUUUCUGUGUCUUCAGCCAUCACAGACUGGUACGAUGAAGUCAAAUACUAUGAAUUCAAUUCUCGGAAAUGCAACGAAGUCUGUGGCCAUUACACUCAGGUUGUCUGGGCAGAUAGUUACAAAGUUGGCUGUGCAGUACAGUUUUGUCCUCGAGUUUCUGGCUUCCAAGGUCUUCUCAAUGCAGCACAUUUUAUAUGCAACUACGGACCACCAGGCAAUUACCCAACCUGGCCAUAUAAAAAAGGAUCCCCGUGCAGUGCCUGCCCCAAGAGUGACAACUGUCUGGACAAUCUUUGCAUUAACCCACAACGAGACAAAGUGACACGUUAUUCUAUUCCAGACCGGCCGAUAUUUCCACGUGACAGAUACACGUCUCUUUUUCUCUUAAUUACUCCACCAAUCCUAAUACUGAGUGUUAUAAUUAUCAUUUGGGCCAAGGGCAAAUAUCCUCAUUUAUUUACUUGGAAAUAA